AGAGAGAGAGAGAUCCUACUCCGCUUAACCAUUAAAUUCAUUUUUUAAAAAUGUCAACUAAAUUCUUGUAUCCGAGGUAAUAUUUUUCAUAACCGUAAAUCCUUUAUGAUAAUUGAAGUUAAUCCCUUCAGUGCCUCUUAGAAUAUAUAUUGAUUAUGAAUAACAAUUAAACAAUCUUUAAAUCCAGCGAUAGCUAUACAUUGUUGAUUGGGUGUAUUGUAUGUACCUGGCGCACUGAGCCGCGACACUCAGGUACAUAGGACGUUCUCAAGGGGGGUAAUUUAUACCCAAUGCGCGGAUUCAUUGUCGUGUAAUUAGGCCGAUAAUGGAGCUAAGCGGAUCGAAACCAACAAAAUUACUACGGUUUACAAAUGACUAAAAAGUUUUUGAAUAGUUGCAUUUGUUAUUCAUACUGUUGUUUGGGGCGAAGAAAAUUGCAGUCAUAUAGAGAAUACGACCUUGGAAAUUUAGAUAAAGCAUAUUUCAAUCAUGGAUUGUGUUCCAUUUGAAGAAGAUAAGCCAUUAGUUUUGAGUGCUGGAUUGUGAAAUAUAUUUUGUCUUUGAAAACACAAGAGAAUUCUAAAUUACUCUUUUUCAAGUUUUGACUGGUAAUUUCAAAUACUUAUUUCCCAGGAUUUGUGUGUAUUGGUUAAUGGAAAGAGUGUAAUUAGUUUUUUUGGGGCCAGUAAUGGUUUUCUAAGCUGACGUGGAAUUGCCUUUUGCGGAUACUAAAAACCAGAACGGAAAUAUAGCGCUAUUGUCUUUCAGUCAGUUUGGGAAUUGAUUUUUCUCCCAUCAGGAAUUUGCAGCAUUUAAGAAUCGAUUUCACUUUCUGCUGAAUAGACAGGAAAUGGCCAUAACGGGAGAUAACAAAAGACUAACUUUACCACAGUUUGCAUGACAAAAGACUGUAGCCUCGCUAUGGUCAGUUCACAAACGUCCCAAGGUCAUCUAGAGCAGAAUUCGGAGACAAUGAGUGAAGUGAGGGAUUCCAAUCAAGAUUUUCGAAACCCUCCACGCGUUCUUGGAAAACCCCCAGUCGGAAAACAACGCCCGGUACAAGAAUGUGAAAACGCAUCGGUUGAUUCGCCUGUUAAAGGUGAUCUAACGAAAGUAACCGUAUCUCCUCGUGUCGAGCUGAUGUUAAACAACGAGUUGUUUAAGAAAUACCUCAGCAGACAUGGAAAUUUACUCGAAAAAUUGGCUCAAAGACAAGGAAGGAGCAGGGGAACUUUAAAGAAAGCGUUUUCUAACCUUGACCUCUCCAAAAUUGACCUUGAAGAGGAAUUGCACUCGGCUGAGGAUAUAAACAGUUCAUCAAAUGUGGGAAAAGAAGACAAUAAAGAAAAUGAAAAUGAUGUAAGUGUUGAAGACGUAGACAGUGUACAUUCUUUGCAUUCUCAAAAUCCUGCAGCUAUUAGGGCAAAAAGAUCACUUUCGCUCACAGGAACCAGCGAUCCCAAGUUUAGUGACCUUCAGCAAGCCUUGAAAAUUAAUGAGGAAAAGGCAAAUGUUCGGAAUAAAUCGAGACGUUCAAAGUUCAUGAUUCCAAGUUUUGAAGAAUUCAAACGGUCUAGAAAAGAAAAACUGAAAAAGGGACAAGAAUUUGUGAAAGACGUAUUAAGAAACAAAGAAAACAUUCCUCAUUCGUUUAUAAAGAACUUGGAUAUUAAGUGUUUUCCUACAGUGACUUCAUCUCGAAGGUUACCAAAGGAACCAGUUCAGAAAGGAACUGAAACUACGCAAAGAAACCUCUCAACUGGAGAAACCACCAAGGUGAAUGAAGAACAAUCACAGGUUUUACCGAAAGAAUGCCAGAUUGUGAGUAGAAGUGUCGAAACUGCAAAAGUAGAAGCAGAAAACGAGAACACAGAACAUGUUUUCCCUAGACAGACACAAGAGAGGGUCCAUAGAAAAUUGCCAAAUAUAGAGAAUUUGACAUUAUCAAACAUUCAAUCUAGUCAGCAAGGUGUUGAUGUCCCUGACUCAAAUGAGAACUCUGAUGGAAACCAAAGAACAGACAAUAAUCAUUUGACAAAAUUAGUCACGAGGAAGGAGAGAUUAAAAUCUAGUGAAUCCUUUUGUGUAAGAUCUCCUGAAGUUUCAGUAUCUUCGCCAAGACGUUCUCAAAGUAUGAAAUCAAAACAGAGAGAUUUUUGUCGAUCAAACUCUUCCAAGUCUUUUACCGAAGAUGUUGAUCCCCUUGAACUUUCCACAGAUGGAAAUACUGUAUAUGCUACCUUAAACAUAUUUUCGACGGAUGUGGAAUUAGAAGCACAAGCUUCGGACACAGAAGAGGAAGAUGAUAACGCAAAAGACUCCCAAAAUAAAUGUCAAACAGAGAACCAUUGUGGUUGUUGUCUUAGACAGAAAAUAUCCAGUCCCAAAGAUAAUUUACCACUGAAUACUGAAAGUGCAAUGAACCCGAAAACUGCUUAUCCGGAAGGCUACGAGACAUUGAAUAGGAAUUCCCAACCAAACAGAAAUGACGGUGUUCCUGGUCGUCGAAUUCUUCGAGCUACACGAAAACGCAAACUGCCAACCAAGCAGCGAAAACAUAAAACAGAAGAAAUAAAUCUUGUUAACACAGAUAUUCCGACCGUUAGAACAUGGCCAAAGCUCUGUUCAUCUCUACCUGUUGACACCACGACAAAAACUAGAGUCAAGAGAAUUGAGAAAAAGUCCCCUCCUGUACACCUCCCCCUAAACAGGUCCGUCAGUUGUGAAGUGUUCAGUGUGAACAAUUUCAGUCCCUCCUCCCCGGGAACGUUUUCAUUUCCAAAUAGUCCAAGCGAUCUAGUCUCCUUUAAUUUUCCAUCUACAGACAGCUCAAACCCUGGGUCAGAGAUUGACCUAUACACCGGGGAACAAGAAAGGACAAACAUACAAGAGAAUAGGUCGUUUCAACCAGAUUCGAAGUUAUUGAUUUCUCGGUCGACGUCUGACGUUACCACCGACUCCCAGAGAAAAAGACGAGAAAGAAAACAAAGACCUUACAAAAGUGAUCCCUUCAGCGGCUCCAUCCAAUUAGCAGAUAACAAGCUGACCCAAAAUUUAAAUGCUCUGAGAAAUAAUUUCUUGUCAUCGAAAGAGGAGGAUUGUCCUGACGACAGAGACGAUUUAUCAUUAGAAGAUGUGGAAGAAGAAAGGAAUCUGUUUGGAGCUGAUCCGUUUCGUAGCAUCAACCAUCGACUGAGUAACAUUAGUGACGUAAGCACGGACAGUGGCGUCAUCGGUCCGGACAGCAUCCCCCCUCCGAGUCCCCCACCUAGCCCCUCCAGCAGUAUCUUCAGUCAGACAAGCUUGUUCGGGGGUUCAGAGGGACAAACGUGCACUGAUGUGGACGAAAAAAGUUUUGGAGAUUCAGAAUAUAAUCAGGAAAAACACGAAAAAGAACGCAAAGAAACCAUUCUGGAGAUACGAGACACUGAAAUAAAUUAUGGAAGAGAUCUGAAAAUUUUAAAGGAGGAGUUUUACAAACCCAUGAAAAACAACGGUUUGUUGACGUCCGAACAACUAGAAGACAUCUUUCAAAACUUGGAAGAUCUAAUUGAGGUCAACAAACAAUUUACCGAUCGUCUGCAGCAAGCAGUAGAAGCCGCCCUAGGAGCAGGCGACGAGCUCCUUACAACAGUUGUCAUUGGCGACCUAUUCCUGAAAUCAACCAACCUCAUCUACACGUUCGAGCACUAUUGCGUAAACCAGAGCCAGGCGACAAUUUUGUUGGAACAACUUGAAAGAGAAAAAGAUAUUCUGAGGAUUUUUCUGAAGGUCUGUCAAGACGAACAGCCGAUUCUGAGGAGAAUGCAUUUAAAAUCCUUCUUGAUGGUCCCAGUGCAAAGGAUCAUGAAGUAUCCUUUAUUGUUAGAACGCUUAUAUAGGGCAACAUCUCCCAACCACCACGACAAAGAAGCAAUACUUAGUGCCAAAAAUAAAAUUGAGAAAAUCCUUGAACAUAUCAACUCGAGGACACGAACAGCCAGUCAGGUGAGAUUAGCAAAGAGGAAAUCUGCUGAUAAGAAGUACACGGUGACAGAGAAGAUAGAAGUGACGAGGGUUGCCAUGGAAGUGUUAGGCUGGCACAAACAUGACAUCUGUGACAUUUUGACAAGUCAGAUGCAGGUGGCGCCAUUACUAAAUGAUCAGAAUUGGGCCACAAAGCGCCUGCGCAACGUCAAAUUCACUUCCGUUCAUGCUGUGCUCUUGACACUUGGACAGGAAAAUGAGGAGGAUAUGGGAGAACUUCUUCAUGCUGAAGAGGAAAGUCUGUUGUUUCCAAAGAGAAGCCAGGUGAUUCAAGCAGCCAUAGUACUAAUCAAGGAGAAAAAUGGAAAAUUUCAAACAUUUCGAGAACCAUUUUUGCUUAAUCGCUGCAUCAUCAAUGUUGACAAAGAUUUGGAGGAUGUUUUUGAAGUUAUGGAGCUCAACAAAGAGUCAUGUUUAUUCAAGUGUGACGACUCAAACCUUUUCAAACUUUGGCUUCAGAAUGUAAAACAACAGACCCUUGACUUAGGAUCAUGGAGAAAGAGGAGAAAUGCUUUACCGAACAUUAUGAUUAAGCAUCUAGUAUGAAUGGCUCAAUCCAGUGCAAACUGAGCACUGUCGCCACUUCUUUUUGCUUCAUGCAGAAAAAAGAGUCCCAUGUUGCAGGGGCCAGUAAAAAGGGGGAAAAAGUCCAUCUGUUGCAAUUAGAAAAUGCUCAUUAAAAUAGGCGAUCUUUACAGCCUUUUUUCUGAUUAGAUUUGCAAGAGCAGAAACAUAGUGCUGCAUCAGUCUGAACUUGGCAACAUAGUUUAGACCAAUUGCAACAAAUGUCAUUUGAACGCCUGUAUUUCAGAGCAUCACCUGUUGCACAUUACCCCUGAAUCAACCUAGUACGAAGAGAUGUCUGACGCUUAAUUAUGAGCUUAAUUACGACCUCUUUCACCGAUAACUAGGCGUUAAUAGACAUCUGUGGUUGUGUAUUCCAAAGUGCCAUUUGCCCUGUGAUAUUGAUUUGCAUUGACAAUCACUUGUUAAACAUGUGCUAAUAUAUCAACAACUUGACAACCUAAAAAUAUACAUGCAUUAGCAUCUUGUAUCUUGUAUAUUGCAUAUAAUUGUUCUUUUCUUGUAAAAUGAAGUCUACUUGCAUCAUUGCACAAGUUGAACAAGUUGUAUGGCAUGUAUUUGUUGAUUGUGGACCCCGUUUUCUCAGAGGUCCAUGAGAAGAAAUCUGUGAUAUUUUUGUUUUUUGUACAGAUAUUUUGUUAUUUGGUGCUUUUGGUAUUAAUAUUGUUAUGUACAAGUGAUACAUUGAAGAUGAUUUAAAUCACAGAUUGUUUCCGUGAUAAAUCUUUGUUAACACCAUGUUUUGAUCAUUAACGGUAAUUUUAACGAUAAAGAAAAAUUUUCCUUAUUCAGAGAAUUUCUCUUUGUCCUUUUCUUUUAAUUCUUAUAAUAAAAAGCACAGGUCUUUAAAAGUUGAGAAAAAUGUAGAUGGUUAAUUAUAUCAAUUGAUAAACCAAUUAUUUACUUUGAAAUCGACCAAAUUAUUACGAUAUACAUAUUAAUUACUCAACGAGAUUUUUCGUCAUGUUCUAAUAUAACAAAAUCCUUCUAUAUGUAGGAAAAAUCUUUUCCAUCAAGUGAUUUUUGCUGCUUUAACUCGUUCUUAAAAUGCUUUAAGUUUUGUUCAUGAAUUCAUGUUAAUUUAAUUUGAGUGAUAAUCAUAGUACAAAGACUACAAUUUUUUUUCAUUGUAAGUAAAACAUUGAUAAACAUAGAUAAAACAUGGUGUUUUAUUUCUUGUCAAAAUGCGCACAUGUACAUCAAUUGAAUAUUGGCUCAUUGAAUGAGAAAAUAAAAAUCUGAAAUCCAA